AACCAAUUUAGCUGGCCAAAAGUCGUACUCUUACUAUACAUAGCCAUAUGAGAGCCGGCCUGUGCUCAGUUUAACUUCCCUAUAAAUACGUUCAUAAAUCAAUACCCAAAGCCACUCACCCACCAGUCCUUGAAAUAACCAAUCAAGAAAGCUUUCUAGCUUGCUAAGCUAUCUGAGUUUGCUAAUAUAUAUAUAUAUAUAUAUAGCAGAUCGAGAUAGAUCACAUGGCGACCAAGGCUUUCUUGAUUGCAUUAGCUGUUAUAGCAGCAGUUGCAGCUCCAGCUUUGGGUGAAGAUUUCAUUGUGGGAGAUGACAAUGGUUGGAAGAAUAACAACUUUGAUUAUGCAGCUUGGGCCCAGAGCAAAGAAUUCCAUGUUGGAGAUAGACUCGUUUUCAAGUACAGUCCAGGAUCACACAAUGUUUUCAAAGUGGACGGAGCUGGGUUCAAAGACUGCAAGAAGCCAGUGGGCAGCGAGCCGUUUAAGAGCGGAAACGAUGUGAUAGAGCUGAAGCAAGAAGGAAAGAAAUGGUACAUCUGCGGUGUUGGGGAUCACUGUUCAGCCGGAGGCAUGAAGCUUGUCAUCAAUGUUUUACCAGCUGGUGCAGUAGUGGGUGCUCCUUCUCAGCCCCCCAACUCUCCGCCGACGCCCUCCUCCCCGGCGCCUUCCGCCGCCUCCGAUAUCGCCGCCUCCAAAUUUGCUGCCUGGACUUUUGCGGCGGUCUGCGGCGUGCUCUUCUUCAUGUUCCUGGCUUAAUCACACACUAACAGCGCAGCUAUCUAGCUAGCUAGCUAUUCCUUAUCUUGCUUGUUUAUCUUGCUUGUUGUUUUCAUUGGUUGAUUUCCUUUGGUUACUAUUGUUGUUUGUGAUUUGGAUUUCCAUUGAAUGGGUUGUUAGAAUGUUACUCCUCCAUGGUUAAUUUAGGUUAAUAAUGGAGUUUGAACUCAUACUCUUAUCCAUUUCAUUAAGUAAAAUUUCCCUUUAUACAUCAUUAGCCCUAUGAAGUAGGAAUUUA